AGGUGGCAUGAAGCCCGCUCUUCAGGGAACCCGGCUUCCAGUCACGCCCCAGCGGCGCCCCUCCACCUCCACGAAUCACUGGGCCCUUCCCGGGAAGGCCGAGGCCUGGGCCUGCUCCGAGAGUCCCUGCAGCCCACAGUCGCCUGACCCCGCUCCCUUUCCCAGAACUCAGCUGUCUGAGCCCCGGGCCUGCGGUUCUCUCCUCGGCCUCAGCCUUUCCUGCCUUCGGCUGAAACGGAGCAUCUCCGAGCCCUGGGGGCUUCCCCAGGCCCCAGCCCCGACCCAGAACCCGCCCGCCGCCUGCCUCGCCGCCGCUUCCUCUAUAAAGGGACCCGAGCGCGGCGCAGGGACCCCGCACAGCAGCGCCCGCCGUCCGCAGGUUCCCUCCAUGCCGGCUCCGGGGCGACUCCCCCUCUCCAGGGUGCUCGGCGCGCCCGCGGCCCUCCUCCUGGGGCUGCUGCUGGCCCUGCCUCUGGCCACGCAGGGGCUCUCCUCGGCGGGGACGGCUCGCCGCCCUCCGCACAAGCAGCCGGCCCUCCUGAAGCCCGCGGCUCACCUUGUCGGCUACCCCGGCCAGCAGAGCUCCCUGCUCUGGAGGGCGACCACGGACCGCGCCUUCCUGCGCCACGGCUUCUCCCUGAGCAACAACUCGCUGCUGGUGCCCGCGGGCGGCCUGUACUUCGUGUACUCGCAGGUGCUCUUCCGGGGGGCCGGCCGCCCGCCCGGCGCCGCGCCCGUCUACCUGGCCCACGAGGUGCGGCUGCUCUCGGCGCAGUACCCGUCGCACGUGCCGCUGCUCAGCGCGCAGAAGUCGGUGCCCCCGGGGCUGCGGGGGCCCUGGGUGCGCUCGCUCUACCAGGGCGCAGUGUUCCUGCUCAGCAGGGGCGACCGGCUGUCCACGCGCACCGACGGCGCCGCCCGCCUGCACUUCAGCCCCAGCAGCGUGUUCUUCGGGGCCUUCGCCCUGUAGCUCCGCCCUGCCCGUCCGGAGGGGCACACCGCCUCCCCUGCCCACCACCACUCCCGCGCGCUGGCGCCCAGGGCGCCCGAGGCCCUCCCGGGAACCGCAGCUCCCCCGGGGCUCCAGAUGCGCAGCCGAGGACCGAGGCCUCCCGGCUGGCCCCGCGCGGACGGGGUCUGCGUGGGUCUGCGUGGGGCAGAGACCUGGAUGCGGAGGACGGACAGGCGUGGGGAGGGCCGGAGCCGGGGCAGGGGGACUAUUUAUGAAGAGAACGGCUAAGUUAUUUAUUUAUGGAGACUAGAAGGAGGGGAGGGGCCGCAGGUGACAGCUAGGCCCCAGACACGUGGCCUGAGGCGGCAUCAGGGCAGGACUCGUCUGCCAGACGGAGGGACAGAGAAGUAGGUGUGAGUGGCCGAGGCUUACGGGAGGAAGCGAAGGGCCCCGAGGGCCACCGCUUGGCUAGGCAUCCUCAAGGCGCCUGUGCACUCAGUGAAACCCAAUAAACCUCCUU